CGCUUUCGGGCAGCCUCCCGCUCCGUCCACGGCGCGCAGCAGCAGCAGCAGCAGCAACCCCAGCUCCGGCGCGGCCCUCCAUGGCUUCCCAGCUGCAGCCCGCCGUGUUCCGCCCGUCCCUCCCCUUUGUGGGCCCCAUCUUGGGUGGCCUCCGUGAUGGGCUGGUGGUGACAGUCACCGGAAGUGUCCUUCAUCGUUGUACCAGAUUCCACGUCAACUUCCAGUGUGGCUUUGCUCAAGUACCUCAGCCGGACAUCGCUUUCCAUUUCAACCCUCGGUUUGAUGGGAGUGGCUACAUGGUCUGCAAUUCCUUUGAAAGAGGAUCUUGGCAGCGUGAGGAACGCCAGUCCAGCCUGCCCUUCUGCAAGGGCCAGCCCUUCGAGAUCCGCUUCCUGGUCAAAAGCAGCUCCUAUAUGGUUGCUGUGAAUGGGAAGCAUUAUUUGGAAUUCAAGCACAGGAUCCCCAUUUCCAGAGUGGACACCAUUGCUGUCUCUGGGGACCUGCAGGUGGAGACCAUCACCUUCCAAGGCCCUGCUGCUCCAGAUAUCUGGACUGCUCAAUCAGCAGCAAUGACCAAUGCUGCUUUCCCGCAGGAAAUGGCCUAUAAUCCUGUGCCUUAUCGAGCUUCGCUCUUCGGAGGCCUUUUUCCAUCCAAAUCUAUUAUAGUAUCAGGGAGUGUCCCUCCCAGAGCCAGCAGGUUCCAUAUCAAUCUGAAAGUGGGCCAAGACACUGCCUUCCACCUUAACCCUCGCUUCAAUGAGAAGGUGAUAGUCCGGAACUCGCAGUUCAGUGGCCGCUGGGGGACGGAGGAGCGCCACCUGCCAGGAAGCAUGCCUUUGCAGCCGGAGCAGGCCUUCACAAUCUGGAUUCUGUGUGAGCAGCAGCGUUUCCGAGUGGCCGUGAAUGGGCAGCAUCAAUUUGACUACAACCACCGAACUCCUUACCUCCAGCAGAUCAACCAGCUGGAAAUUGAGGGGGACGUUUUGCUGAGCGGAGUCCAGGUUUAAGUCACCCGGCCUCCCCCCAAGAGAGUGUGGGGUCAAGGGGCGGGCAGGGUGUCAGUUGCGCCCAGUGAAAUAGGAGGAGUAGCUGUAGUUUUCUUUGCACUGUACUUUUCUACCCCAAUGAUAUCUGCUCCUUGCAAAGCUUUGCUGUUGGGGAGGCUCCAUCUGCUUCAAGAAACUGCUUUGUCAGACUUCAGGCUGCCUGACCCAGGGAUGGAGAAUUCCCUUUGUGGAGACCUGCUGCAGGGAGGACUACGUGGCACCUGCCCCCCAACUCACAGCAAAUCUGUCUGUUCAGACAAAUGGCAGCAGGCAGCCCCCAUCACAACCGGGCCCCUUUGGAAUGCCCACGGUGGAGGGAAUCGCAUACAGCUGUUCCACCCUCCCUGGAGGAGACUAACACAUGCCACAGAGGUGUCAGUUGGCACCGUUGGCUAGGGCCACCUCUGCAGUAGCACCAAAGCUGGUUUCAGGGUUGGCACCCACUCCACCCUUGGGCAGCUCUCAAAGGUGACUAAUAGACUUGCUCUUCUCCCUGAUCCGUUAGCUUUUUGUGGACAAGAUUGUUUUGGAUGGGGGACAUUUGGAAAGCCUGUCGUCUCAGCAGAACCAGGCAUUUCCACCCAGCCUCUAGUUGGCAGGGUUUGGCUGCCCUACUAAUCAGUGGUUGUGCCACUUGCACAGCUGAUGCCUUGCAGGGAACACAACACGCACACACACACAGGCCAGACUGAUCCUUUUAUUCCUGGAGGGGUGCUGCGGCAUCCAGCUGCUACAGAUGGGAGGCUGCCCUCUGAAUAUUCUUUGCCAGUUUCAGAAGGUUCCCCUUUCUUUAAGUGGGGGGUGGGGCUUAGCAUCAGAACAGCUGGACUUUAGAUGUCUUGGUGGUGGACUGCGGAUCAGAAUUUAUAUAUCCCUUUGCCAUAUAGCCAUUUAAUAUUGUAGAUUAAAGACCUAUGCCCUUUA